AUGGCACCAGUCGUCCUCGUCGCCGCUGUCCUGCUGGCCUUCGCCGCGAUCAGCGGCCGGGCGCAGACGCCGGGCUGCUGGAACGAGCAGAUGGCGGACAAGCAGAGGCUUCAGUACGGCCUCAUGGUGGUCCGGCAACAGAUCGCCAACAUGCUCACCCUGGAGUACAUCGCGGGCGUGUCGGCGCAGAUGGGCAGCCCGCUAGGCGUAAGUGGUGCUUCGCCCUUCAUGAUGGCCGGGCCGCGGUCACUACACGAACACCAAACUCUGGUCCUGCCCGCGAGCGGCGUUGGCGGCGGCGCCAUGGGCAGCAGCGGGCACACCAUGGUCCUGCCUGCCAGCGGUGGCGCCGGUGCCGGCGCCCGGCACGGGUACGGCUCGCACAUCAAGAGCACCACGUACAAGAAGGAGGUUCCUCUCAAGGACGGCUAUUGAACCACCACCAACAACAACCAAUACAACGCGCUCUACCACCACAGCCACCUACCAUUAAAGAAGGAACACUACAGGCGAAUGAGUCUCGGUUCACACCCAGGCAUUCAAUCCACGUUGGGACACCGGACUAUUCGGGACAACACCACGGAUACUGCUACUACUGCACCACGUUACGAAAAAGAAACAACAACAACGAAUGAAAA